GCCUGAAAAACUGAAGAGAGUAGUUUUCUCCACCGCGUAAAGCGUUGUACCUUCAGCAUGCCCGAUAUAGUAAGUUAUGUUUUCAUACUCCUAGGGGUUAUUCCUAUUCCUGUUGUUGAAAACGAUUACAAAUGUUCCCAAGAAGAAUUGUCGCAAGAGACAUCGGUCACUAAUAUAUCGACCUCUGAGUAUGGAACUGAACUGAAGAUCUGCAAAGCAAUGGAGCAAGAGUCAGUCGAGCCUGUACUGAACAGUGUUCUUUUGGACGUGUGGGAAGCAGCAGUAUUACCUUUGUUGUCUCUAGCUGACAUCUUUCAACUUUGUGGUGUUACGAGACACGUCCGUGACCUGCUGCAUAAUGAAACCAUAUUCAGGCGUCUAUGUCAGAAUCGCUACCAGAUCAGUCCAAAUUUGAAACUGUCGUACAUCACAGUUGCUAAGCACCUAUACAUCGCCACGAGAGUAUCCAGCAUACAUAAACGCGUAUCUGAUUCUGGCAAUGCCUGUGUUGUGCAUAGUGAUGAUCCUCAUGAUCCACACCAGGUGUUCAACCAAAGAAAUUCAAUGUUCGUGCAAUUGUGCAGCCUGGCAUUGAUGCCGACUACAGGACCGGCCCAAACCAUUAUGCGGUACAGCCUUCCGCUAUCUAAGCCUUUGAUCAGUUUGCUUGUUCUGCCAUCCAAAGACACAUCUUUGUACCUACCCAACCUUUCAUUUUCAAUGAUUGAGAAACAUUGUAGAGUAUGGCAACAACAGGUGUGGUACAGCUUAGAAGACUCGGCGAAUUUGUUGUUGGAAAUGUGCGGCUCCUACGAAGAGUACCAAACAUGUAUCCUGAAAAGAAUGGAACAGGAUAUUCCGGAGACUGCAUCAUUCUUGAAAUAUUCGAAUCGCUCUUGCAGGCAAGUUGAGCUUGCAAAAUGCUUGGAAAUCGUUUCAAGAAGCGAUCCACAAUUGCUCUUAUCCCUAAGAUGUGAUAGUCUGAUACGAGAACCUCCUCCACACAUUAAUACUCGGUGGAGCUACAACUCAUGCGACUUUAUAAUAGUCGAGAACGCUGACAGUGGCCUCAGCGAUGACGUUAUCGCCACUCAUAAUUGGAUCAACGUCACGGGGGAGCUAGCAUUGCGUCACUCAGUACUCAAGCUCUUUAUCAAAGGAAGCCUACGUUUAUCACAGUUGGAGGAUUACUUCGUGGCUGUCAUGGCAUACGACAAGCUCUGGCAAAGCCUGCCCCAGUCUAGUCGCCCAAGUCGGAUUGUUCUCUAUCGUGACCUGGGAAGCUACCUACUUUCCACGCUACCAAGGUCGCAGCGUGAAAAGGAACUGAGCAAAGAGGAACUGCUGAACGCCAUGGAACGGUGUGGCAAGAUGAUUGUUGACAAUGCAACCCACGAAGUGCGUUGCCGCGCGCGUAUAUCUUGCUGUAUCCUGAUGUAGUAGUGGUUGUUGUAAGUUUGCCAUCGUGGGGAAUUUGGCCUAUGACGCAAUACCACCACAUGUACUUGUUAAGUCUGCACUGGGCUCUUCAGCCUUUUUGCCGAUUGGAUUUUGCUUCAUCACUCUGUUUUCCUCAGUUUUUCAAAGAAAAUAUUACUGUACUCCAAGUGGAUUGUUUGGUUUACAUAACGUGUGACACACGUUGGGUUCCAGUUUCCAAAACAAUGAUGAACUGUAAGGGGUAUUUCACGAUUGACUGUAAAACCAGGCAUGGC